AACUUCUUCUGGGCGAUCGAAACUACGGGCCACCGGUUGAUAUGUGGGGCGCGGGAUGUAUAAUGGCUGAAAUGUGGACGCGAUCACCGAUUAUGCAAGGUCGAAACGAACAACAGCAAAUCAUUCUUAUUUCACAGCUUUGUGGCUCCUUCACACCAGACGUUUGGCCGGGCGUACAAGACCUUGAAUAUUAUUCCAAAAUCGAAUUGCCAUUAGGACAUAAGCGAAAAGUGAAAGAUCGAUUGAAAGCCUAUGUAAAAGAUCCGCAUGGUUGUGAUUUACUCGACAAACUGUUGCAAUUGGAUCCAAAAUCCCGAUAUGAUGCCGAUGCUGCACUGAAUCAUGAUUUCUUUUGGUCGGAUCCAAUGCCAUGCGAUCUGGGCAAAAUGUUGUCGCAUCAUUUGCAAAGUAUGUUCGAAUUUUUGACGCCACAAAGACGGCCGGGACAACGGCCAUAUCAACAAAUGAACCCAAAUCAAAUGCCAAAUCGUACACAAGACAACAGCUACGCGGAUCGGGUCUAUUGAAAAGAAGAAAAUCUAUCAUCAAUUCACAUGGGACUGAACUCAAUGAAAAGAUAUUUGGUUUUUUAAAUAUGUAAAAAAUUUUUUUUUAGAAUCGAUUAUUAUAAGCAGCAACAGGAAUUUAUCCAUUUUUAACAUUUUACUAUCACGUCCACCAAGCUCAAUUCAAAAUUACAUCAAUAUAUCAUUCCAAUCACGCACACAUCUCAAUUAUAUUUAAUUUAUUGAUAAAUGUUAUGAACUUUGAUACUUGAAAUAUUGAUCCAAAUGACCGUGUGGUUGUAAUGGCAAAGAAACUUAUUGAGGGGAGAAGAAGAAAGUAUUACAAUUUAAAAAAAUUUAUGUCAAUGCUCGAAA